GACGUCAUAGAUUUGAUUAGUUUUUAUUCAGUUCUAAGAGAGGGCAGCACGAUAGAGGAAAAAUGGCAUCCUCCUUGACGUACAGAAAUUUCAUGCUUUACAGGUCACUAGAAAAGACUCUGUGUUUACUUUCGAAACGCUAUGCCAGUACAGCAGAACCUAUCAACAAGAUACUUAUAGCCAACCGAGGAGAGAUAGCAUGUAGAGUUAUGCGCACAGCUCGCAAGAUGGGCAUACAGACAGUGGCCGUCUAUAGCGAUGCAGACCGUAAUUCAAUGCACGUAGCCAUGGCGGACGAGUCGUACAACAUCGGCCCCGCGGCGUCGCAGCUCAGCUACCUCGACCACAACAAGGUGCUGGAGGUGGCGCGGAUGUCCGGAGCGCAGGCCGUGCAUCCCGGCUACGGCUUCCUGUCCGAGAACACGGAGUUCGCCGAGCAGUGCCAGCGCGAUGGCGUCAUCUUCAUCGGGCCGCCGUCGUCGGCGAUACGCGACAUGGGAAUCAAAAGCACGUCUAAAGCCAUCAUGUCAGCUGCUGGCGUGCCGGUCAUUGAAGGGUACCACGGCGAAGACCAGACGGAUGCCAAGUUGGCAGAGGAAGCACAGAAAAUCGGCUUUCCUGUAAUGAUAAAGGCAGUACGAGGGGGUGGUGGAAAGGGAAUGAGGAUCGCGAUGUCGGAGAAGGAGUUCAAGGAGCAGCUGGAGUCUGCGAGAAGAGAAGCCCUGAAGUCGUUCAACAACCAGGAGAUGCUGCUUGAGAAAUACAUUGCCACGCCGAGGCACGUUGAGGUCCAGGUAUUCGGCGACCAGCACGGUAACUACGUGUACCUGUUCGAGCGAGACUGCAGCGUGCAGCGGCGCCACCAGAAGAUCAUUGAAGAGGCGCCUGCACCAGGGAUAUCGGAGGCGGUGCGGCGAGAACUGGGAGAGACGGCGGUGAAAGCAGCGAGGGCCGUGGACUACGUGGGAGCCGGCACGGUGGAGUUCAUCAUGGACGCCGGUCAGAAUUUCUACUUCAUGGAGAUGAACACGAGGUUGCAGGUGGAGCACCCGGUCACAGAGAUGGUCACGGGGGCUGACCUCGUGGAGUGGCAGAUCAAGGUGGCAGCAGGAGAGAAGCUUCCUAUGAUGCAGUCAGAGCUCGUGCUGCAGGGACACGCGUUUGAGGCGCGCAUCUACGCGGAAGAUCCCGACAACAACUUCAUGCCGGGGGCCGGUCCCCUGCACCAUCUGUCGACCCCGCCCGCCGAUGCAGCGACCAGGAUAGAGACUGGUGUCCGCCAAGGUGACGAGGUGUCCGUUCACUACGACCCGAUGAUCGCCAAGCUCGUCGUCUGGGCCGACGACAGACAAUCGGCGCUACGUAGACUACGCAGUUGCCUUAGCGAAUACAACAUUGUUGGGUUGAAAACCAACGUGAAGUUUCUCAGCGAUCUGUCAUGCAACGAGGCCUUCAUGGAGGGCAAGGUUCACACGGACUUCAUUCCCCAACACCACGACGAACUGUUUCGCACGCACGAGCUUCCGGAACAUGUCCUCUGCCAGGUGGCACUGGCGAUGGUGCUAGAGGAAAGACAGCAGACGCGCGUACACAGCCUGACGACGCCAGAUCCAUUUUCGCCAUUUUCGUUUGGCUGUGGAACGCGAUUGAACCACAAACAGAAGAAGACGCUGGAGCUAAACUCAGGAGAUCAAAAGUUGAGUAUCGUAGUCACCUACAACGGUCUCAAUGACUUCACCGUCACAUUUGACGGAAAAUCGCACCACGUGAAAGGACAGAUGGCGCCACUCGACAACGAGCUGACCUGUGAGGUGGACGGCACCAUCACGAAGGCGAAGGUCGUCAUGCGCGGAAACACCUACCACAUAUUCACGAAGGACGGCAGCUACGAGCUGAGCGUGCCGACGCCAAAGUUCAUCGAGGCGGCGGGAGACGGCGUCGCGCUGUCCGGCGCCGUCGCGCCGAUGCCCGGGGUCAUCGAGAAGGUCGCGGUCGCCGUCGGCGACAAGGUAGCAGCCGGCGACCCGCUCAUCAUCAUGAUCGCGAUGAAGAUGGAGUAUGUGAUCAGAGCUCACCAGGAUGGAGUCGUGGAGGCAGUACUCUACAAGGCCGGUGACAACGUCAACAAGGACGCGCAGCUUGUCAAGUUCGUAGAGGAGGAGAGCGACAAGAAGCCAGCAGCAGACGAGGACGACUAGCGCCAUCUAGUGACAUCAGAUAGAAUGAGCCGGUGGUAGACAGCGGCAGUGACUAGCACCAACAACGAGAGACAAAACCAGACAUAUUUCUGUAAUUGCCAUCUAAACAGGACCUAGCUCACUCGUACGAACGUAUAGCAUGUAAUACAGCAUGUAAUACAGCAUGUAAUGUUUACUAUGUACGUAGCAUAGUAAAGGACAAGGAAGACCUUAUGAAAACUGGAUACAGAGUAGAGGAUAAGAUAAAGUAGGUGUAAAUGGGAGAACAAUGCAUGAAUAAGUGCUGGUAUAUAUUAUGGUAGGGAACACUGUAAUUGCAAAUUUGAUAACGAUUCGUGUUAAACAUAGUUCGCAUGUGCAUAAACCAUUAAUAAAAGUAGGAUGUUUAUAUAUGUUAGCAGUGAUGCACUGAACUAUUUCAUGGUAAACAUGAUAAAUAAAUUGUUAAUAAUAACGUAAUGUUA